AUGUCAUUCGCGCAAGAAAUUUCCUUCAACUCCAGGUUCAAGCAACAUGUUAUUCCAAAGGAAGAGGCCAAGAAAGUGCGGGACUUUGAAUAUCGCCACUUUUAUGAUGUAGUGAUUUCAGGUGCUACUAUUCAGUUAUUUGCAACCAGUGAAAGAGCCGCUCGUCAAAGAUCUACCGGCACCGAUUCUCCCGGUCGUCGCGUAGGUUCCAAUAAUGGUGGUUCCAGUGAAGGCGACAGGCCUACUGGUGGAGGUUACGAGACCAGCCAUGAAAGGGAAAAGGCUAUUUGUGAAGAUGAAACGUCCAGUGACAUUGGAUUACCUUCUGUAUGGCGUACGCUAUUUCAUGGUUGUAAAGGACGUGAAUUGUAUGCUCAUCAAGUUACGGGAAAAAUUAGUUCGAAACAUCCUGGUGAUGCUGGGACUCCACCCCCGUAUCAGCCUUCGCAUUUACAAAAGAAGAGAUCAACCAAGGAUGAUUCAGCUACGGGAUUGGUAAGCAAGCAGGGUGAGCGAUCUUUGGUCAAAAGAGUCAAGCCAGUGUUAAGCAUAAAGAGCAAGACUCCAGCUACCAAGACAGCGCAACCAUCAGGAACCAAGACACCAGUCUUGAAAAAGCCCGGCUUUCCAAUUGAUUUACCUAAAUUGUUUUUCCUAGCAAAACCUGCCACUUCCAGGGAGCCCACACCUGAGGAGUCUACCAGCACGGAUUUGCCACCCACGCCGGUUGAGACAGGAAAGGCCAAGUCUACUAAGCUAUGCAAGUCUACUAAGCUAUCCAAGACUACUAAGCUAUCCAAGACUAUUAAGCUAUCCAAGACUACUAAGCUAUCCAAGUCCACUAAGCCAACCGACUCUACGAAGCAAUCCAUGUCUACAAAGCAGUCCAAGUCUACGAAGCCAAGCCCAACCAAGCCAACUACUGGGACAACUGUGCCAGCUGUAGCUCCCAAAUCAGUUGAACCUCCCAAGUCAGUUGGACCUAUGCCAGUUGAAGUCCCCAAAACAACUGAACCUAUGCCACCUAUGCCACCUAUGCCAGUUGCAGCUCCUGAAGCAACUGAACCUAUGCCAGCUGAACCUCCCAAGUCGGUUGAAGCUCCCAAAUCAACUGAACCUAUGCCAUCUAUGCCAUCUAUGCCAUCUAUGCCACCUAUGCCACCUAUGCCAGUUGCAGCUCCCAAGACAGAUGAGCCUAUGCGACCUAAGGAGCCUAUGCCACCUAAGGAACCUAUGGCACCUAUGGAAUCUAUGGCACCUAUGGAAUCUAUGGCACCUAUGGAAUCUAUGGCACCUAUGGAAUCUAUGCCACCUAUGGAAUCUAUGCCACUUACUUCUGCAGAUGCACCCUCUGGUACGGAUAUUGCACCAAAGUCACCUGUUGGUGGUCCUGCUGCUGAAAAGUAUGUGAUUAGAGCUCCUUCUACUGGAGUUGCUUCACCAGCCAAGUCUCCUGUUGCUCCUCGCGGUGCUACACCUGAUGUUGCUGCUGAUACUACUGCACGUCCUUCUGGUGUUAGUCCAGUUGCAUCUAACAAGGGUCAUUUACCACUUGGUAAUGAUGGCCAAUCAAGAGCUACAUCGACUGGACCCUCAAGAGAACCCGUUCCUGCUUUUCAGACUGACGGUGAGCCAACAUCGGAGACAGAGACAGAGCGUAGUGAGAGCGUUAUCUCGCGCCGACGCAGCACUCCUGCUGACAUUGUGUUGGGUCAUGCCGAUUAUCGUCGACUGAGUCAAGCUGUCUUGCAAAGACUCAAUGUUUUUCAUUCGGUAGCGCCAUUAAACCAAGAUGUGGUGAACGGCGUCUUAAGGUUUUAUGUCUCGGAUGUGUGGUCCAUGUUGUCGACCAGCAACAAGUACGUACGUGUACGACUGGUGCAGUUGAGACACUUUCAGGACACGUACUCAAUGUUCGAUCUGGCCCGAAGAGACAGCAAAGGCCAUGUUCUGAUGGUAACAAGGAACUCAAAGCCUGAUACAUGCUUCCGUUACUUUCGUUUGGUCUUUCGCCGUCCAGAUAAUCACCUAAAGGUUAUGGCCAACGAGAUGGUGGAGGGUAGGCCGCGUAGCCCUUUCAGGAAGAUGGACAUCUGGACGGCCUACAUGUUUUAUAUGGCGAAUAUUAUUGAAGGUGGGCGGGAUAAGGAAGCUACCGACUUCUAUCAGCUACUCGAGCGGACCUUCUUUGCAGCAUUUAGAAUGAUGCCAUAUAUCGGGCCCGAUGGCAAGUUUGUGGUAGUUAAGGGCAAGUUGGUCUUUGCCAUCAUCCACGCUGCAUGUCGACCAUAG